AUGCUGCACUUGCAAGGUCUCCCUCGUAAAGUGCUGCUCAACGUGACCAACAAACCUUCUAAAUCUUUGAAUCUGGUUGAUCAUAUCCCAUCUACCCUUGAGUCUCUCACGAUUUACGGGCACGGACGAGGCGUGGAUGGUCCCUAUCUAGAGUACGAGUCUGAGCUGGAUGUCGAUACCAAAAUUGAGCAACUCGCGCGCGAGAAGGACGCCAAACUGCCAGGACUGAAGAUGCUUGAAGGCGUUGAUCCUCGUAUUCCGAGUGGAUUCACUAUCAAGGAGUGGAAGAAUGGAGACGAUCCGGAACUUUUCUGGAGAGACCCAGACGACAACAGGUUUGAUGAUAUUGAUGACAGCCUUUGA